AUGGCAGCAGGAGAUUCUUUGAGAUAUCGCACGCGCACGACGAAUCCACCCGGUCCGCCGGCGACUUACGGGUCAAGAACCAUGACGAUCCACCCAGAAGAGCUCGCCGAAGUUGAUAGACAAGAUCCUUCGGAAGAGAAUAGUGAUCAGUUACAAUCGGUCGGAACUUUAAAACUCCGUGGUGGCGGGCAAAACAAUAGGAAAGUCAAGUGGGAUAACGGAGUCGUUGACAACGAAGGCAUGGGCAAGAAAAAGUCAAAAAUUUGUUGUAUUUACCACAAGCCAAAGCGGUUUGACGAAUCUUCGUCCGACGAAUCCAGCAGCGACUCUGAAGACUCGGAUCAUGAACAUGAACACCAAAACGGAAGUGACGGCGGUUGUCGCAAAAGUUCUGAUCGACGUUGCCGAAGUAACAGCCCAAAUGCUUACGAGCGACAACCACAAUAUAAAAAUCGACCAAAGCCGAUAAAUCAAACAACUCCUUUAUAA